GACAAUGCUGCAUCAUUAACAAUUGUAUUAAUGUUUUUUUAGUUUAUAAAAAGUAAUAUUUAUUUAAAAAUGGUAAAUAAAUAUAUUGUUCAUGGGUGUACAAGUGGACGAGUCAAGAAUCGUAAUAAGAAUGCUAAAUUAAAUCAGAGAAAUACGUCUUUAUUCACUGUACCACAGGUAAUCUAACCUUAAUUGAUAGUUAUUAAUUACUAAUAUAAAAAAAUGCAAUGAUGCAAAUGGUAAAAAGUCUAGUCCUGUAAAAAGUGCAAUUUACGAUAAUAAAUUAUAAUUUACUUUUAAUUGGACUUUUUAAAUUUAGAUUUCCAUCUUUUACUCAACUGUGACUAGGUAAGAUAAAAUUGAAUAGAUUUACAUAACAAGUUGACGAUAAUAUCUUGGGAAUAAUCGUAAAAUAAUAAAAAAAAUUUUUUUUAUUGUUAUUUUUAACGUUAAUUAUAAGAUUUGGUUAAUUUAUUGUAACUAACGUGAGUACAUUCCCGCGACAAUAGUUUUAAAAACCUGACAUUAGCCACACUAACGCGCUCUAGUGGCAAAAGAUCUGUCCCCUCAUUUUCGGAUGCUUGUGAUACAUUACGAUCGUUCUCCUUAUAUCUAGCCUCCGUGGGUAUACCAUACAUAAGGAUUUAAAUUUUUCAUUUGUCUAUUAUUUACUAUCGAUAAAUAUUAAGUAACUAAUAAUGUAUUCUAUAUUAUCAGCAGCUGAUUAAACACAGAUCACAGCGACACUUUGAAAAUCGAAACUACAAACUGUCAAUUGUGUUAUGAAAGUCAUGAAAGAAAGAUUAAUUCGACAAUGAUAUACACUUUCAAGUAUUUUUACAAAGCGAUUUUAGAUUUUAUUUAAUAGUUUUCGACGUUCGUAUAAAUAUUACAUUGUAAUUGUAUAUUCAAUUCUUCAAAGAUGGAUAAAUUAUCAUGGACACAUUAUCAAUGUAUUUUAGCAGUUCUUAUGGUAGUUACUGGAUCAUUUAAUACCCUUUCUGUAAAGUAUGCUGAUAAACAAGUAGUGGCUGGACAGGAUGGAGUGCCCCGUCACUUUAAUCAUCCAUUUAUGCAAUCUUCAUUUAUGUUCUUGGGCGAAAUGCUAUGCUUUAUCAUUUUUAAAAUUGCAUAUUGUUACUAUUGUCGUAAAGAUGAUGGUUCUGUAGAUAAUAAUGUCUUAACCAAAGGAUCUCGCAAUUUUAAUGCAUUUAUCCUAUUUAUACCAGCUAUGUGUGAUAUGUUAGCAACUUCUAUUAUGUACGUCGGUCUUAAUAUGACUUAUGCCAGUAGUUUUCAAAUGUUGCGUGGUGCUGUUAUAGUUUUUACUGGUAUUCUCUCAAUGGGCUUCCUCAAUAGAACCUUUGGUGGAAGAGAAUGGACUGGAAUUGUAUUUGUUAUGAUAGGUUUAGCGCUUGUUGGAUUGAGUGAUAUGAUGAUUAAGAAAGAUGACGACACUAGUUUGAAUUCUAUUUUAACUGGAGAUCUACUAAUAAUUUGUGCACAGGUAAUAACAGCUGUUCAAAUGGUAAUAGAAGAAAAAUUUAUAGCUGGUCAAGACAUUCCUGCAUUACAAGCAGUUGGUUGGGAAGGUAUUUUUGGAUUUAUUGGUAUAUGUCUCGUAAUGAUUCCUCUUAAUUUUAUUUACGCACCACCACCAUUUGCGGAUAACUCAAGAGGAACUCUUGAAGCUACUGCAGAUGCUUUUGUACAAAUUGGUAAUAGUGGCAGAUUACUGAUGGCUAUAGUUGGAAUAGCAUUCAGUAUAGCAUUUUUUAACUUUGCUGGUAUUAGUGUGACAAAGGAAAUCAGUGCUACAACAAGAAUGAUUUUAGAUAGCAUACGAACAAUUGUUAUAUGGGCUUUUUCAUUGAUAUUUGGAUGGCAAGACUUUCAUUAUCUUCAGCUUAUUGGCUUUGCGAUUCUUUUAAUUGGAAUGUGUUGCUAUAAUAACGUGGUAAUUCCACAAUUAGCAAAAAAAUGUCUGUUAUACUUAAUGAGAAAAAGACGCGCUCCCGAUGAAGAACGCAUUGUUAACAUUGCUGCAGACGAUAUUCAAGAAAGUAUAUAAAAAGCAUAAACGAAGCAUGUUGUAAUGAUUGUCAAAUGACAUGGGAUAUAAUUGAUAACGAUUUACGAAAACAGUCAGAUCUGUGAUUUAACAUAUAAACAUUUAUCACCUAUAAUUAUGU